AUGGUCAAACCAACAACCGCUUUCACCGGCCUCAACCCGGAGCAAGUCCAGUGGGUCAAGGCCCUCAUCCAGUCUAUGCGUCAGACCAAUGAGGCGAAACAGGCUAAGGAUGCGUCGCAGCCCGAGCAUGAAGAGAAGGGGAAGGGGAAGACCAAGCCAGCCAAGUACUACAAGAAGUCCAAAGAGUACAACAAGGUGAACGACGCCGAAACCAUCAAAGAGGAGCCGACCAACGACUCGCCUGGGAAGACCAAGGAGAACGACGAGCCCAAGAAGGCGAAGCAGGUUGGAGAAACUCGCAAGGGGAAGAAGGCCAGAGGUGUCAAGAAGGCGAAGCAGGCAGCCGACUCUGAGCACAUGCAGAACGUUCAAGAGGACCAGAAUCAGGCGAUUAUACCCGUGGAGGCGCGGAAGCUCAAUUGGGUCCGCGUCCCGGUCCCAGGGGCAAAGCAGGCUGAAGAUGCCGACAAUGGUGAUGAGACUAAGAAGACUGUUGAGAACGUCUGCGUUGAGGACCUUGCUCACAAGCAGGCCAGCUUGACCAAGUGGCUCCUCUUGAGACGCAAGUGGACACGCGACAAGGAGUCUCGCAGACUUUCCCAAAGCCAGCCCAAGACCAAGUCGUGCCGCAACUGCGAUAGCUUGUUCUGCACUAGCGAGAACGACGAUUUGGCUUGCCGAUAUCACCCUGGCACGAUCAAGCGAUUGAGUUGGGAGAUCGGCGCUCCCCACUUCCACACGGGACCCGAUGGUCACUACCACGUGGAGGACCUCGAGAACUGGCCGCACCUGUUCCGCUGGAGUUGCUGCAGCAAGCGCCUCGACAAAAGCGAGGGCUGCAACACCAGAAAGCAUGAGGCUGUUGAGGCAUGUGUGGAUGCGGAUGACCUACGGGUGGAUGCAAGUGGACUGGUAUUGCAUCUCCUGGAUUUGAGUCAAGAUGGUGGAUUAGUUGGCAUAGCGACUUUGGCCUAUCUGACGGCUUACGUGAAUGCAAGGAGCUGCAGUACCUACCCAGGUGAUACGCAAUGA